UGAGAAACAGUCAGAGAGACUGUUGUGUUCACCGGCUGUCAUAAAACUGUUAGUGUCACCACGGCGGUUACACAGUGCGGGAAACUGACGUUAACUCAACCGCCCUUUGCUCAACGGAUUUUUUUUUCUUUUUUUUACAACGGUUGCUUUUCGGCUGCUUUUGACCCACAGUCAGUCAAGUCAUGUGAUUGUAACGUAAAACCCCUAACCGGAAAACACCGACGGACGACCCUCUCCGCCGCCAACGAAUGCUGCGUUUGCAGGGAAAUAGUACAAGCUACGAACCCAGAGAGGACGGACGGUCGGACCGAGUCCCCCGGUAACAAACAAACAACGGCGACACUCGGGUUAAGCGGAGAGCAGGUUGAAGAAUGGAGUUGGCCAACCAUGGUCUUAUCCUGCUGCAGCAGCUUAACGCUCAGAGGGAGUUUGGCUUCCUGUGCGACUGCACUGUGGCCAUAGGAGAUGUCUUCUUCAAAGCCCACAAAGCCGUCCUCGCUGCCUUCUCCAACUACUUCAGGAUGCUGUUCAUUCACCAGGACAGUGACUGUGUGCGCCUGAAGGCCUCUGACAUACAGCCAGACAUCUUCAGCUACCUUCUCAACCUGAUGUACACAGGCAAACUUGCGCCACAGCUGAUCGACCCCACACGACUGGAACAGGGGGUCAGAUUCCUGCAUGCCUACCCACUCCUGCAGGAGGCCAGCCAGUCUGUGUAUUCACAUCGGGACCACAGCAUCAACCUUUCCACCUCCCUUUAUGGCAUCCAGAUCUCUGACCAACAGGUUGCGCUGUCAGCCAGACUCGCCACUCGGCGGCAGCUCUCGUCACCCUUUGAUGCAGAGCCGCUCCUCUCGGAGGGGAAGCGUCUAUCCCCGCCUGCCGUUACCGACUACUCAAACUCGUCUCCUUCCAAGCUUGAUUCCUCACCCACAGACAUGGAGGCCUCGACCAGCGGCACUAAGCCCACAGCUGAGGAGGGCGGAGCCGACCUGCUGAGUACAGUUGGCUCCUCAGUCAAUGCCAUUCUCCAUGUGAAGCCCAGCAUCAUGAAGAGGAGUGCGUCCUUUAGGAAGCAUUAUUCCUGUCAUCUGUGCAGUAGCAGAUUCACCCAGAGAUCCCUGCUGAGAGAGCACCUCCUGCAGCAUAGCCAGGCAAUUCAGCAGCUCUCGUCUGAGCCCAGGCACACGCUGUCGCCUGCCCUGACUGCAGAAAACAGCACGAUGGAGGUGGAGGGAGCCCUUAAGGGAAACAAAGCAAGCGUUUCGGCUGUCACGACCGCAGUCGAGAUAAUCAGUGACAGCGAGCAAACGCCUGUUUCAGGUACCAACUCAGACUCUCCUCGAGCAGAGGUGUCCACAUCCAACUGGGGGGUGGGGGGUUUAAGUUCUCAGGCAGACACGCCACCGCCGUCGGACAUUGCAGACAUCGACAACCUGGAGAGUGCUGACUUGGACCGGGAAGUGAAGCGGCGCAAGUAUGAAUGCUCCACCUGUGGCCGCAAGUUCAUUCAGAAGAGCCACUGGCGCGAACACAUGUACAUCCACACAGGGAAGCCCUUUAAAUGCAGUGCUUGUGGCAAGAGCUUCUGCCGCGCCAACCAGGCCGCCCGUCACGUGUGCCUGAACCAGGGAGUCGACGCCUACACCAUGGUUGACCGACAGAGCAUGGAGCUGUGCACUGCGGGAGAUGACAGUAGCCAGAUGGAGGCCAUGUUCAUGGGCUCGACGAAGCCUUACAAGUGUAACAUUUGUGCAACCACCUUCUCCAGCCCCAAUGAGGUGAUCAAACAUCUGUGCUUCACCCAAGGAGGGUUAGUGGGACUGCAGGGAAACCUGGGGGCAGGGAUGCUGCUCCAACGUGAAGAGUUUUCCAAAGAUGAAGGCUCUGAUUUGUCCAACUCUGGAACCCCAUUAGAACCCAUCAAGACUGAAGAGAUUCUUGUAGAGUAGUGCCAAAACUGUGUUUCUGUUUUUUUUUUUCAACAUGUUUAUCUUUUUUAAAUUAAGGUUAAUGUUUAAGCUAAAGCUAGUCAGGGUAUGUAUGUUGGAAGUUUCUUUUUUGUUUUGAUAAGUACAGUAUUUUAUGACAAUUUAAAAAAAAAAAAAAAUUAUAACCUAAGUUCACAGGAGUUCAAACCAACAUCAUUUUGAAAAUAAAAUAAAAUCAACACAUGGCUGAAAGUUCAAAUAAGUUGCCGUGAGGGAGAAGACAGACUUUUCCAUUGUUUCAUCUCAUUUAAUUGUCUGCGUACAUGAGUAGUAGACAGUCACAUAUCCGUCUGUACCAUGUUUUCUGCUUGAGCCGAUGUUGUGGUGGAUUGGUCUUGGUACAAAGGAAGAGGAAGCUGAGACACUUCCGGAGGAGACAGCAUGUUGUGAGAUGAGUUAGCUGUGAGUGGGUUUUAGGAGAAAGAAGUGAAAGCUGAAAAAAAAGUUCUUCAGCUGCUGAGAAGAGUUGUUUUUCCACAGCCGUGAAUUAGAGGCUGGUUCUCCACAAUAGGUAUAGAUUAUAAUUCCAGCCUAAAGCACACUGAAUAUAUAGGACUGAGACAAUCUGUGCUCUUUGUUUUGAGCUGAUGAAUAUGCAGGGAUGCAUAUUUGUCUUGUCUCUUUCAAGAAACGUCUUGGAGAUGUAUUUUAAUCACAAUAACAGCUGCCUCUGCAACCAUUUGGAUGUUUUAAGUCCGUGUCUUGUUGAACCAUGAGUGGGUAGACACUAGAAAUGAGGCGUGUCACUGUGUUUUAACUUUUAAUAUUUUAAUUUCCACUUGUGUCGUAACCCGUCGGUUGUUCAAAACCUGCCUCGAUCUGGGAGGUUGUCCUGUUCGUCACUUCCUGUGGUAAUUCACUUCUCUUAACAGCCAUUCAAAUUGUUUUAAAUGCUUUUCUAAUUUUAUAUACAGUGCUAUAUUUACAAAGAAUACAUUAUAUUGCAAAAGUGUACAUAUAUAUAUUAGUAGAGAAAUAGCUUUGAAAAUAAUGAAACAUUUGGUUUGAUAAAACUGUAUGUAUUAGGGAUGGGCAUGAUAAAUUUAACUUCAAUGUUUCCUGAUGCAAAAUCAAAGCUCAAUUAAUCUUUUUUUAUUUUAUUUCUAAAUCCACUGUAUUUAAAAAGUUUCACAAUCGACACCUUCUCUUCCCACUGCCAAAGUUACUCACGUCCUUACUCAUUUUGUAUCAAGGGGUAUCUGUAUUAGAUUGAUGAUAUUGUAAAUCUUCUGACAUUUGCAUAUAUAUGUGUUCUUUAACUGUCCUACUAAGAUUUCGGUUUCAAAAAUGAAUUUUAAAAAAAACCACUGCAGAUGAGGAUGGUGUUUGACCAUUUUGCUGAUCAUUUAAGGGUUGUUUUUUUUAAUUCGUUUUUAGGAAAGAUUAACAGGAUGAUACCUUUUGAGGUAACACGAAUACUUUAUGUACUGAUGGAUGGAAAGUUCUAGAUACACGUCUAAUAAAUGUGAAUACAGAAAAUGAUAAGGUAGUAUAAUUUGUCAUAGCUACUGUGAUAAUGCACCUCCGGUAAUAUUUUAACAAUACCAGCAAAAUUGGAUUCUUCUGUGAUAACCUGCUAUUUAAAUGCAUUUAGAAACCUGCUAUAGCACGACAUGAAUAUGAUUCUGUUAUAAUAGGAUGACAUGAUGUAGAAUGUGAUUUUUCUUAUUCUUUAAUAUGUUGUUAUUCCCGUUUUUAGGAUUUACUGCAAAACAGUUAAAAUAACAGUUUUGUUGAACUUGCUCUUUUGGGGGUCUCUCCAACUUGUAAAGUCUAAUAAUUUACAAUUUGGAUUCUAGCUAGCUGAGUUAUUUAGUAACCCACAGUAAAGCAUAAUUAUGUGAAUUGUUUGAAUCUAGUCUGUUUAAUUUGUUGGCCUCUUUUCAUUUGUAAUUGUUGUUUUUUUUUUUUUAAAUGCCCAUCCCUAGUUCAUUCAAUAUGACUGAAUUGUCCUGUUUUGUGUUUUUUUUUUUUUUUUAAUAUUUUUACACAGGCAUGUUUUUCAUCCUUGUGAGGAGAUUGAGGUCCAGCUUAUGGUUUUUGUUUGUUUGUUUGUUUGUUUUACUUGCAAUGAAUACAUAUUGAAAAGCAAUUGUUGCCUUGCUGCAAUGAGCCCAGUGUUUGGCUAGAGGGAGCUGUGUCUCUUUCUGUCCGCUCAGGUCUGAGGUGAAGGGAAAUCUCUGCAAAUUGAACAGCUGCAUCUUCACUAAUGUGGUUGACAAUUACACGUUCCAUCUUUGCUGUGUUUUUUUUAAUAGUCCAUCACAGUUUGGUUCUCAUAAUAACCUGUCUCAAUCUAAUCGUACAGUUGUGUUUAUUAAAUAACAAGGAAAAAUAAAUCCAGUACUACUGACACUCGUUUCCCAGAGCCGAAAUGUUACUCAACAUUAUGUGUGUGCUUCACAAAAAUUUGGAAUCCUUUCUCAGUUUGAGCGUUUUGAUGCACCAGUCCUGAUUAUAUAUGUGUGUGCUCAAAACAUUUCAGUGUCUCAGGAAGAUAAAUAGUAUGAUAUUGUUUUGUUUUUUUUCUUUUCAUUAUUCCAAACCAAAAGAGUCAUUUCGUGAGACAACCGACCCAUUAUACUUGAGUGCACAACAAAAUGACCCUACUCUCUAGUACCCGUCUGACAUCUACUGUGAUCAGUCUGUGUUCUCAGGAAUGUGAGUGAAUUUCUGUAUAAACACACUUUUUAUCUCAGUGAAGAAUGAACAAUAAAAACAUCUUCUUU